AAGCUCAGAUCAUGAUAUCGCCUCCUGAUACAUUUCAAGGAAGAUGGCAACGUGUGGUGUGCAUUCUGAUUGGGUCUACGAUAUGGUAUGUUCUACGUGCAGUGAUUUUAAGUUAGUGUGUUCUCGGUGUAUAGAGGACGAACACAAAGGUCACAUUAUUGAAACAUUCGAGUCAGUAGCCAAGAGUGUGUUGGACCGAUUACGGAAAGAAAAAGCAGACAAUAGUCCACAUUUCAAAGAAGUAAAAUUGGAUUUGAAAACAUGUGCAACUCUUAGAGAAAAGGAAAGGAUCAAAUCUGGUGAUACUAGGAGAAGUAUUGAAAGGAGACGGGAUCAUAUCAAGCAGGCCGUCGAUGAGAUCGCAGACGACUUGUUAGAUCGACAUGAGGCGAGUACAACCAGAAUUUCAAGAGUUUUCGAUGAAUUUGAAAAACAAGUGGAAGAGAAGGUUAAAAGCACCCUCAAAUUUCAAAAUGAUCUGGCACAUUUGGAGAAUUCCUCCAACUACAAACUUAUCAUUGAAACUGGUAAAAACCUGAGCGCACCUUCUUUGCCUUGUUUUAAAGUUCCCUCUAUUGGUCGCAUAACACUGAAGCAAGAACCUAUUGAUCGCCUGUACAUUAAACAGAUGUUUGGGGAAGAAACUCAAGAGGACAUUAGAAAAUCGUUCAUGUCAGAAUCACUGGAGCACAGAGAACACCAACAAAGUGAUAUAAGCAUGAGUUUAAAGGAUAAGAAGUCAAAACGCCGUUCAAAAUCUAAACAAGAUGUUCUCGAUGUUGAAUUUGGAGACAAACGCGUGUCUGAAGAACCAACACAACGACUUGAGGGCUCGGCCAGUCUUCAUAAAUCCCAGUCCAAGAGUCAUCUUACUGAAACACUUGAACCAAAAGGAACUGAUGUUACAAAUAACAUGGACGGCGAACCCUGUCCUCUGUUAGCUAACGACUACACAUCGACAAACAAAAACAAGGAAUCACCUCCUACACUUAAGAUAACUGAUCCGUCCAAUAUCAGAAAGAGACAUGGCUCCUCCAAAAGAAGCAUGAAAGGAUAUUCUUUAGGUGAAGCUAAAAUUAUAUCUGAUGGCUUGGAGUAUGAUAUAACCAAAGACAAUGGUCAUAUAAGUUUCAAUCCUAUUGAGAAACCCUCCUCUGAAAAGUCAGAUCCGCGAUUGUUUGGCAUUGAGGAUGAUAUAUUGCAUACAACUGGACAGGUCCUCACCAACGGUUUCGGAAUCUCCCCAAACAUACCGGAGGAGCACAUCUUUGUAUGUUAUGCCCCGAGAUACAAAUGGUAUACUAGCUUUACCUACACCUAGAAGUACGCCAGUCAGAAGGACAAGCUCAAAGGUCACUUCACAAGAUGAAGCCGGCGUUAAUUCUGUCGACGUUUCAGCAUGCUGCCUCCACUCCGACGGCCAUUUCUCCCUCCUGACAGUGGCCAUUGUUGGAUAGUGUAUAACAAUACAAAUGAAAUCAAACUUAUCAGCAAUUCAGGAGUGGUCAAGAAGACAGUGUCUGUUUCUGGAUCAAAACAUUUGCUUGGAAUCACGGGACUGGCUGAUGGGUCGUUACUUAUCUGCAGUCCACAGACAAAAUGUAUCAAACAGGUACAUCAUCCGAGUUGCCACGUGUUUGAACUUUUCCACACGGCUCCAUUAAUACCUGUUGGGAUAUGUGCCUCCCCCACGGGGGACAUAUUGAUGACGUUGAUCGACAAAUGGAGUUACGAUAAAUCCCGAGACAGCCAUCGCGUCUUGAUGAAAUGUAAUUCCAACUGGAAAAUGACUGCUGAGGCAAAACAUUCCAAACAUGGAGGAAAUUUGUUUGUUUUGCCGUACAAGGUCUCUGUUAGUAGUACUGGAAAGCUUGUUGCCGUUAUCAACCAAACGAGCGAUAUGACGUCACAUCUCAUGCUAUUUGAUAACAAUUUCGCUUUGUUAUUACGUUGCAUUGGUCAUGAAAACGUCGUUCUCGGUGACCGACCUGACUUUGCAAUGACAGAGAGGUUCAACGUCAUGGAUGUAAAGUUUGACGUCACUGACAACCUGGUGAUCAUCGAGGGAUACACGGGAACCGUUCAGGUCCUUGACCCCGUCACGUGCAGGCCGCUAAGGAUCAUAGUUAAGGAGCAAGGAAGCCCAUGGACACUAGCCGUUUAUGACAAAAACAUGUGGGUUGGAUUUCAAGAUGGACGUAUUAAAUGCUUGUCAUACUAAUUUGAUAUUUUGUCUUAAUGAACAAGACACUGGGCACAAUUAUUUUUUCUUGUAAGUUGAUAUAAUACGUAGCAACGCAGGACAAAUAUUUAUUGUUAGUAAUUUUGUGAAUGACAAAUUUUAAUUUUAAUGAUAAACUAGUAUGCUAAAUUAUGUGUGAUUAUGCCUACUGAGUUUUGAUACUUUGUCUCAAAAUGGAUGAUUCUGAUACAGAUUGUUAUUCCUAGAUGGAACAUGAGAUAUAUUUAACCUUGUGAUAUCAAGUAAAUCAACUUACCAAGUAUUAGUAUUCGGGAACAAGAGUUUUACAUUUCUUUUAGUGUGACAUGGUUCGAUUAUCUCCCCCUUACUGUACCACGCUAGUUUGAUUUAAUAGCACGAACUCGGAGAAAUGUACGGCAAUCCUCGGAAAUCAAAUCCCGAGCAAAUUGCCAAGGAUUGUCGGAAAUGUCUCCGCGAUGUUACGAUUGUAUUUUGAUUUAGUAUCCUACAUGUGUAUGUUGUGAAGGAUAGCUGGCCAACCAUUACUAUUUGGAGUUAGCUCCCUUUCCAUAUUUUUGUUUUUGCUACUAUUUACAGUUAGUUCCCUUACAAUAGAAUAUAUUGUUACAAAUAAAAUAUUAUUAAGUUGAU